AAUUAAAGGGAUAAAGAGAAUGAGCAUGGAGAAGCAUAAUGAUGAGAAUGGAAUCAUAACCAACGGCCAUAAAGCAUGAGUCCUUUCACUAUAAAUUACGAUAACUUCUCUUCAUCAUUACCAAUCUCAUCCUUCACUUCAUUAUUCUUUUAACCACACUUUCUCUUUGUUUAUAAUAACAAUCAAACUAACUAACAUAUAACUGAACUAUAAACACAAAAUGUCUUCCAUGGGAGCAAACUAUGCACAACUUCAAGUCAUGCAGAAGAAGCAGAAGGAGAAGAUGAUGAAAAAGAAGUUGGAGAAGAGGAGAGAUGGCGGCGUAGACGGUGGAGAAGGAGGUGGCGUUUCUUCCGCCGGUAACAGAAUAUUUCCGGUCAAGUCUUCUCCGUCGUCGACUUAUGAAAAAGUAGAAAGACAAGAGUGAAUUAUGAAGUGUGAGAUAUUUCUUCUAUUUUCAGUUGACUUAAUGUGUCUUUGUGUGUGAUGUGAUGUGAUGUGAUACAAGUGGUCGUCUUUUGUAUUUAGUCUUUUAAGUUACGUAAUUUGUGUUCCUUUUUUUUUUAAAUGUCAAUUCUGUUAAACUUUGUAUAU